AUGUGUACCAAAUGGUACAGAGAAACGUCGGGAGGCGUGUUGCGCGAGAUACGCGACGGUGAAGGUGGUGGUCGCUACAGUCGGUCACACGACGCCCUCGCCAUUCGGCGCGCUGAAGUAGCCGACGGUGGCCGGUGGGCCUGCCGCGCUGCCAACUCACACGGACACAUCACCCUGCGCCUGCAUCUCUCCGUACGCGCGCACCUAACAGCACAUGCGCAGCCACAUACACAGGUAGUCAACAGCGGUGGAACUGCUACGAUCAACUGCACAUGGGGUGGAUGGCCAGAACCAAGGCUGGAGUGGCUCCACAACGGAGUACCAUUGGGAGCGGGUGUCGCCGGUGGUAGGAUCCGCAUCCAGAACAAUGGAGAACAACUGAUCAUAUCAUCAGUACAUCGCGCCGAUCGUGGUGUCUACCAAUGCUUGGCCCGAAACGAACGAGAUUCUGCUCAAGCAAGCGCUGAACUGAGAUUAGGAGAUACUGCGCCUGAAUUACAAUAUACGUUCAUAGAACAAGUGCUGAGGCCGGGGCAGGUUGUCACACUCAAAUGUUCAGCGGCAGGAUCACCGUCUCCGCAUUUCUCAUGGCUUUUAGAUGGGCAACCAUUAAACACCAUCGCUAGAGGGCACAGAUACAGCGUAGAACAAUUUGCAACAAAAACAAACGAUGUGGUCAGUUAUCUGAACAUUACGGCAGUAAGGUCUGAAGAUGGUGGUCUGUAUACCUGCAAAGCAGCGAAUCCUCUUGGCGAAGUUUCGCAUACCUCCCGACUUAAUAUUUAUGGUCCCCCUUAUGUACGAUCAGUUGGACCAAUCAGAGCCGUUGCUGGACGCGAGUUGGUGUUAUACUGCCCUUACUCUGGCUAUCCAAUAAGUUCAGUAAAAUGGGAACGAGAUGGCAAUCCAAUUGUAUGGGAUAACAGCAUCGAUGGUGCUUUAAGGAUAACUAGGGUGGAUCCUUCUCAUGCAGGGACCUACAGUUGUGCAGUAAUGGGAUCACACGGGGAAAUAGCUAAGAGAGACCUGCAGCUAGUCGUGAGCAAUCCUCCAGAAAUCGAACCCUUUUCCUUCUCUGCAAACCUGCAAGAAGGUAAAAGAGCUCAAGUAAGUUGCAGUGUAACAUCUGGUGAUAUGCCCGUCCACUUCACAUGGCUGAAGGAUAAUUCACCAAUACCUUCCAAUUUACAGGUGGAAGAACGAGGCGCCGAUUUUUUCAGCAACCUCGUAUUCAAAGAAGUAUUUGCUCGUCACAGCGGGCUUUACACUUGCGUGGCCUCCAACUCGGCGGCCAAAGUAAACUACACCGCCGAGCUGGUGGUGAAAGGUCCAACGUCAACAGACUACAUACCGCUAGUCAACCUCGGCGGUAGGUUCCAGUUUCUCUCAAAUGGGACGUUGUUUAUCGAGUCAGCGAUGUCCUAUGAUGAGGGGAAUUACAUGUGCAAAUCCGAAAAUGGCGUCGGAUCACCGCUCACAAAAACUAUCACCGUAGCAGUUAAUGAGCCGGCUCGGUUUGAGCUGACGUCACACAACAUGACGGCGCGCCGCGACGCCGCCGCGCGGCUCGAGUGCGACGUGCGCGGGGACAGCCCCAUCCGCGUCACGUGGGCGCACAACACGAACCAUCUAGAUCUUAAUACGUAUAGAAUUGUCACUUGCGAAAUUAAUGCGCGACAAAAACCCGACACCCCUCACUCCCUGUCUGUGACGGAGAUCUUGAGCCGUGCGGUGCGACUGUCGUGGAGUCAGGGGUUCGACGGCAACUCGCCGUUGGUCGGUUACUCGGUGCAGUACUGCCCGCUGUCCGCGCAGGGCGCCAUCCGUAUCAACCAGUGGGACUCCGCCGUCACGCUCAACGUCUCCCUCCACGCCGCUACGCAAUCACACGUCACGUGAGUUCAUUGUUAACAGCAGGCGUAGCAUGAAGAACUAGAGAACAUCUUGCCUACUACCAAAGGGUCAAGAAUGUGAUACAUAUCGUAUGGACGCACGCGAGAAAAGGAACAUUUGAGUGUAGACAAAAUGUUCUCGAAUUUGUCAUGUUACAAAAUCGAGAACGUUUUGUCUACAACAAAGUGUUUUUCAGCUUGUUGAUGGAAGCCGUACUUUUUCUCGCUUUGUAACACUCGUGAAUAUUUUUAA